AUGACAUCUGAAUUUGAAAUGUCAAUGUUAGGAGAACUAUCUUUUUUCCUUGGACUUCAAGUUUCUCAACUUGAAAAUGGUAUUUUUAUUUCACAAACAAAAUACGCCAAAGAUAUGCUAAAGCGGUUUCAAAUGGCUGAAUGCAAUGCAGUGAGUACUCCUAUGGCUACUGGUUGUAAAUUAUCUAAAGUGGAUGACACUCCUACUAUUGAUCAAACUAUGUAUAGGUCAAUGAUAGGCAGUUUUCUAUACUUAACUGCAACAAGACCUGAUUUUAUGCAAGCAGUGUGUAUGGUUUCUAGAUUCCAAUCUGCUCCUGAACGGUUUCAUUUUAUAACUAUUCAAAGAAUACUCAAAUACAUUAAGGGUACUCUUGAUUUUGGUCUUUGGUAUCCUAGAAAUGACAAUUUUACUCUGCUGGCCUAUAUUGACGUUGAUUGGGCUGGUUGUGUGGAUGAUAGAAAAAGCACCAAUGGUGCUACAUUUUUUCUUGGUGAUAGUCUUGUGGCAUGGCACAAUAAGAAACAAGAUUGCAUCUCACUUUCCACAGCAAAAGAAUAA